AUGACAGAUAAGCUCCCAGCGAAUCUGCUGGCUUUGUUUGCGCCCCGGCCGCCGCUCAAGUACUUGAAACCCAUCGACCGGGCGCCUGAGGACACUAGGCCAAGUGAUAUUGGCGGAGUCGCGCAGUUUUUGGGUGAACUCCAGAACUAUGCCGAAGAGGUGCCCUACAAUGCUACUGAAAGUUGGUUGCAACGCAAAGCCAGACAGAAGCUAGAGAAGAAAGAACAGUUGGAGAGAUAUAUCACCGAGGGCUUGGAAAAAUAUGAUCCUAACUCUGAUCCGCAAGUCAGGGGCGACCCUUUCAGAACCCUGUUUGUGUCGCGUCUCAGCUACGACGUGAAAGAAUCGGAUCUGGAGAGAGAAUUUGGGAGAUUCGGUCCGAUUGAAAGGAUUCGAAUAGUUACCGACCCGUCGAACACGAAUCCGAAAAAGAAGCAUCGAGGCUAUGCCUUUAUUGUGUAUGAGCGUGAACAGGAUAUGAAGGAAACAGAUGGUAUUCGCAUCAAGGAUCGACGCGUUUUGGUGGAUGUUGAACGAGGUCGAACCGUAAAAGGCUGGAAGCCUAGACGAUUUGGGGGCGGUCUUGGAGGAAGAGGAUAUACAAAGGCGAUGCCUUCACGGCCGAUGGGCCCUGGCGGAUUUGGACCUCCUUCUGGCCCGGGUGGGUUCCAAGGUGGUGGCUUCCGAGGCGGAUAUGGUGGAAGAAGUGGUUUCCGUGGUGGUUUCCGAGGUGACCGUGGAUUUGGUGGACGUGGAGGUAUCGGAUAUCAAGGCGGAAGAAGUGGGUUUGGCGGCCCUCCUAACGGAAUAAGCGCUGGACAACCCCCACCAAAUGCUCCCUCUGGCCCUGGAGGAGGUCGGGCAGGUGGAUUUGGUUCGGCUGACGAUAGGCGUGGUGGAUACGAUGAUAGGUUGUACAGGGGUGGUUCCAGAUACGAUCGAUCUGGAGGUGUUACAGGAAGCAACCGCGAACCGGUAAGGCCUAGGGAUGGUUAUGACAGAGACAGAGACAGCCACAGAGACCGCGAUCGAGAUCGAGACCGUGAUCGUGAUAGGCGUGAUCGCGACAGAGACCGUGACCGCGAUAGAGGCCGUGACAGAGACAGGUAUGGCCGCCGCGAUGACGACCACUCCAGAAAGAGAUACCACGAUGGCGAUGAGUAUGAUGAUCCGCGCAGCAAACGGAGGUACUAG